AUGGAUAAUGAUACUACAGUGUUUCUUCUCUUGGAAUUCUCAAAGAUUUGGGAACUACGGAUCAUAUAUGGAAUGAUAUUUUUGUUCCUGUAUUUACUUACACUGGCAGGGAACUUUCUCAUCAUCUCUGCAGUUGCUUUGGAUUCCCGCCUUCACACCCCCAUGUACUUCUUCCUGACAAAUUUAGCCUUGCAAGACAUUGGUUCUGUUUCAGUUAUUAUCCCCAAAGCUGUUUUUAAUUCAGUUAUGAACAUAAGGCAUAUUUCUUAUUCUGAAUGUGUAACACAAGUGCUUUUGUUUGUAUUCUUUGUAGACUCUGAUAUUUCUCUUCUGACUGUCAUGGCCUAUGAUCGGUAUGUUGCCAUAUGCAAUCCGUUACAAUAUGAAAUGAUAAUGAACAGGAAGGUUUGCACCGAAAUGGUUGGCAGUGUGUGGAUUGCCAGCUUUCUCAUUGCUGUAUUAAACACAAUGGGAACUUUUAUUAGUCGUUUCUGCUCUAAUAUUAUCAAUCAGUUUUACUGUGAAAUCCCACCUUUACUUAAAAUUGCCUGCUCAGAUUUAUAUGUAAUUGAAAUUGGAGUUGUAGUAUUUAAUUUUACAUUAGCAGUUGGCUGCUUUGCCUUCAUCAUUGUUACCUACAUACAGAUCUUCAUUGCUGUUUCAAAAAUCCCUUCUGUUCAGAGAAGGAAAAAGGCCUUCUCCACUUGUUUUCCCCACCUCACAGUUUUCUCUUUAUUUUUAUUUACGGCUUCAUUUGCUUACCUGAGGAUGCCAUCUGACACACCAUCAUACUUUGAUUUCAUAAUUACAAUCAUGUAUUCCAUUGUUCCACCAAUGUUAAAUCCAUUAAUAUACAGCAUGAGAAACAAGGACAUCAACAUCGCUUUUUCAAGACUUUUUGGUCUGAGGAUUUUUAUUUUAUUGGGCAAGGGUAGGAGCAGACAUAUGGAGGAUUAG